AUGCUAAGGGCCGUGGUGCUCGACCGAGGUGGAAGUUGGGAGACUGCACUACCUUUGAGCGAAUUCGCUUACAACAACAGCUUGCAGUUGCGAAAAUACGUGUUUGAUCCGAAGCAUGUGAUUUGCUACGAGGAAGUUGCUAUAAACCCGGAUCUGAGCUACGAGGAGCAACCUCAGAUGAUCUUGGAUCGAAAGGUCCAAACCUCGAGAAAUAAAUCCACUGCCUUCGUGAAAAUACAAUGGAGAAACCACGGGCCUGAGGAAGCCACGUGGGAGCUUGAGGAUAAGAUGAUGGAACUAUACCCGGAACUCUUUCCAUAA